AUGCUUGAUAGCGUCUUGAUAGUCAAUGAAAUAGUAGAUGAAGCGAAGAAGAAGAAGAAAAAGCCAACAAUCAUCUUCAAGGUGGACUACGAGAAGGCUUAUGACUCGGUUAGAUGGGAUUUUCUUUUUUAUAUGCUCCGAAGGAUGAAUUUUAAUGAUAGGUGGAUUAGAGGUUGCUUGGAAUCUAAUUCUGUCUCUGUGUUAGUGAAUGGUAGCCCUAGUCCGGAGUUUAAAAUGUGGAAAGGCUUGAGGCAAGGAGACCCUUUGGCUCCUUUUCUUUUUCUGAUAGUGGCAGAGGGCCUCAAUGGUCUCCUUAAGAAGGCGGUCCAGCUCAAUAAGUUCGCAGGGUUCAGAUUGGGAAUGCAUUCAGACUUGGAGGUUUCUAUGUUACAAUUUGCGGACGAUACCCUGUUUAUUGGCAAUGCAACUCAACAGAAUGUUCAGACACUAAAGUGUGUGUUGAGAUGCUUUGAAAUGGCCUCUGGCCUGAAGGUCAACUUCUCCAAGAGUAAAUUGAUUGGGGUAGCAGUGGAGGAUUAG